AUGACCAAGGCCCUGGACGGGUUCUUCUUCGUGGUGAACCGCGAGGGGCGCGUUGUGUUUGUGUUGGAGAACGCCCUGGACGGGUUCUUCUUUGUGAUGAACCGGGAGGGGCGCAUCACGUUCGUGUCGGAGAACGCCCUGGACGGGUUCUUCUUCAUGUUCAACCACGAGGGGCUCGAUCACGUUCAUGCCCUGGACGGGUUCUUCUUCGCGGUGAACCGCCAGGGGCGCAUCGUGUUCGUGUCGGAGAGCGCCCUGGACGGGUUCUUCUUCGUGGUGAACCGCGAGGGGCGCAUCGUGUUCGUGUCGGAGAACGCCCUGGACGGGUUCUUCUUCGUGGUGAACCGCGAGGGGCGCAUUGUGUUUGUGUCGGAGAACGCCCUGGACGGGUUCUUCUUCGUGGUGAACCGCGAGGGGCGCAUCGUGUUCGUGUCGGAGAACAACCUUGGCAUUCUUUCCCGUUUUCUCCCUCUCCAGGCCCUGGACGGGUUCUUCUUCGUGGUGAACCGCGAGGGGCGCAUCGUGUUCGUGUCGGAGAACGUGACGGGCUACCUGGGCUACGGGCAGGAGGAGCUGAUGAACUCCAGCGUCUACAGCAUCCUGCACGUGGGCGACCACGCCGAGUUCGUCAAGAACCUGCUCCCCAAAUCCCUGGUGAACGGGGUGCCGUGGCCGCAGGAGCCGGCGCGGCGCGGCAGCCACACCUUCCAGUGCCGCAUGCUGGUGCGGCCGCCCGACGAGGCCGGCGCCGAGCAGCCGGAGCUGCGGCAGCGCUACGAGGCCAUGCAGUGCUUCACCGUCAGCCAGCCCCGCGCCUUCCAGGAGGAGGGAGAAGAUUUCCAGUCGUGUCUGAUCUGCAUCGCCCGGAGGUUGCCGCGCCCGGCCGCGCCGCCCCCGACCGAGUCCUUCGUCACCAAGCAGGACACCACAGGAAAAAUCAUCUCCAUCGACACCAGCUCGCUGCGCGCCGCCGGCCGGACGGGCUGGGAGGACCUGGUGCGGAAAUGCAUCUACGCCUUCUUCCAGCCCCAGGGCCGCGAGCCCUCCUACGCCAAGCAGCUCUUUCAGGAAGUGAUGACGCGGGGCACGGCCUUCAGCCCCUCGUACCGCUUCACGCUGAGCGACGGCUCCGUGCUGAGCGCCCACACCAAGUGCAAGCUCUGCUACCCCGCCAACCCGGAGCUGCAGCCCUUCAUCAUGGGCAUCCACGUCAUCGACAGGGAUCACGGAAUUCUCUCCCCCCAGGACGCCCCCGGCCCGGGCAUGGCCCUUCCCAGGGUGAAUCCCAACGUUCCUCCGGCGCCGGGAAUGGCGCUGCCGCCUUCCCUCCCUCCAUCCAACGGCUCCGUCAUGGCCGCGCCCUCCCCUCAUCCCGGGAAUUCCGCCUCGGGCCAAGCGAAUUUCGGGAAUCCGCUGGGAUCCAACGUUGCCUUAAGCCAAACUCCCGGGAAUUCCCACCCGUUAUCCCACGGCAGCUCCCCCAUGAACAGCCCCGGAAUUCCGGCGCCGCAAUUCCUGUCGCCGCGGCACCGCGGGAGCCCGGGAUUGAUUCCCAGAUCCCGAGCUCCUCCCGGCAAUCCCUUCUCGCCAUCCAUGCACUCCCCGGCUUCCUCCUCCUCCUCGUCCUCCUCUUCCUCGUCCUCCGGGAAUUCCCGGCCUUUUCCCAACGCUCCCGUCAACUCGGCGCUUCCGGAGCCUCCGGCAAAUCCGGGAUUUUUGAGGCAGCCGAGCUCCCAAAACUCUCCCGGCCGCGUCGGCGGCAAAUCCGACCCCAAGGACGGCAAGGAGAUCUCUUCCAUCCUCGGCGAGAUGAUCCAAGGGGACGGCGGCGGCGGCGGCGGCUCCGACAAAACCUCGGAGCCGGGAAUUCCGCACGGAUCCGAGGCGGGGGACGGCGCCGGGAAGUGUCCCCAAGGCACGAGCCACCGGCUGGUGCAGCUGCUGGCCAGCACGGCCGAGCAGCAGCUGCGGCACCACGCCGACGCCGACACCAGCUCCAAGGAUUCCCUGGCGUGCGCCGGCGUUCCCGGGAGCGCCGUGCCGGCGCCGGCGUGCCCGUCCUCGCACAGCUCGCUGACGGAGCGCCACAAGAUCCUGCACCGGCUGCUGCAGGAGGGCAGCCCCUCCGACAUCCCCGCCCUGGCCGCCGAGCAGGACAAGAAGGAGAAUCCCGGCGGGAAUGCCGGCGGCGGCGGGAAUGCCGGCGCGGCGGAGGCGGAGAAGAAGAAGGAAUCCAAGGAUCACCAGCUGCUCCGGUACCUGCUGGAUAAGGACGAGAAGGAGGCGCCGGCGCUCAGCCUGGACGACGUCAAGGUCAAGGUGGAGAAGGGCGAGGCCGCCGAGCCGUGUCCGGCCGCUCCGGCCGCCCUUCCCAAAAUCCCGGCCGGAGACGAGGUCAAGAUGGAGGCGCCGGGACAGUUCUCAGCCGAGCUGGAGCAGCUGGAUCAGCUCCUCCCUUCCCUGGAAAAGCCGGCGCCGCUUCCCGGGAUUUGCGGCGCGGACAGGAACGACUCCGGCGUGUCCGGAGUGCCCCCCCUGCAGCCCGGCGCGGCCGCCAGAGCCCCCUCAGGGCUGCCGGAGCUGGAGCUGGGGGUUCCCGAGCCCGGCUUGGGAAUUCCGGGAAUUCCGGAGCCGCUGCCGUGGGCGGAUCCCGCGAUGGCGCCGCUGCCCCGCCCCAGCCUGCCCAAGAGCGACGAGCCGUGCCCGCUGGAGGAGCUGCUGCUGGCGCCGGGCAGCGCCGAGGGCCGCAGCGAGGAGAAGGCGCUGCUGGAGCAGCUCGUCACCUUCCUGAGCGCCCGCGACGACACCGAGCUGGCCGAGAUCGACCGCGCCCUCGGCAUCGACAAACUCGUGCAGGGCGGCGGCCUGGACGCGCUGAGCGAUCGCUUCCAGCCCCACGCGGCCCCGGCGCCGCCUGCGGCGCUGCUGCUGGAGCAGAAACCCGCCAUCUUCAACCAGCCCUUCCCGCCUUCCUCCUCCUCCUCCUCCUCCUCCUCGGCCUCCUCGGCCUCUCCCGGCGCCUUCCCGGCAAUGCUGCGCCCGAAGCCGCCCUUCGGAGCCGUCCCCGUGGCCGUGCCUCCUCCUCCUCCUCCUCCUCCUCCUCCUCCUGCUGCCGCCGCGGCUCCCGCGGCUCCCGGCGCCGCGCGCGGAACGUUCCAGAACAGCGCCGGGAGCGGGCUGGGCAUGGCCCGGCCGGGGCUCGGCCGCCCCCCGAGCGCCCCCAACCAGCUGAGGCUGCAGCUGCAGCAGCGCCUGCAGGGCCAGCAGCAGGAGAAGCGUUACGGCGGCUUCAUGAGCUCGGAGCGGGUCCGGACGCCGCUGGUGACGCUCUUCAAGAACGCCAUCGGGAAGAGCUUUGCCAAGGAUGGGCAGUGA